UUUAAGAUUAUGAAAAACUAGCUAAUUUGAUUUUGUUUUGAUGGAUAUGCAGAUCAACUCUGAUUUGGAGAGAAUCACAAUAAGGGAUAAGAACAGAGAGAUUGAAUGGCAGGGUCAAUCUAAAGCUCUUACGAUAGAAGAUGAUCAGUCAGGAGAUAUCCCAUUUCAACUCUUUCAAAGAUUUGAAAAUUCGAGAGAGCUCUCACUUUAUAGAAAUGAAUGCAAAGAGAUAUUCUUUCCAAAUCUUCUAAAUCUUGAAGUUUUGACAAUUAACAACUGCAAUAGGUUGAUGAAGUUAAUGACACCUUCAGUAGCUAGAAGCUUGGCCCAGUUGAGAGAAAUGAGCAUAGAGGAUUGUGAGGCUUUAGAGGAGAUUAUUGCAAAAGAAGAAGGAGCAAAUGCAAUUGUCAAUUUUGUCUUUCCACAUGUAACCUCAUUGAGGCUCGAAAAUCUACCAGAACUUACAUCUUUCUACCCUGAAAGACAUACUUCUAAAUGGCCAAAGUUGAAAGAGUUGGUGGUGAUUAAUUGUGACAAAUUCACUUCAAAACAUAUGAGCUUCCAAGAAUAUACUAAGGAGGGUGAACAUAUUUCUGAGCCAAAAUCCAUUUUCUUGGAUGAUGAGAUCAACCGUGAUUUGGAGGAAUUGGAAUUAGAGAAUAAGUUGAGACAUAUUAGAUGGGAGAGUCUAUCUAAAUAUCUUAAGAUCGCUCAUGAUAAGUCAGCAAAAAUUCCACUUGGACUCCUUCAAAGAUUUGAAAAUCUAAAAGAGCUCAAACUAUAUGGAAAUAAUCAAUACAAAGAAAUUAAGUGCCUACUUGAUCUUCCAAAUCUUGAAGUUCUAGAAGUAAUAGAGUGUAACAAAUUGAUGACUCUGGAGCCAUCCUCAACUUCUUUCCAGAAUCUUAAAGUUCUAAAAGUAAGUGAUUGCAUCGGGCUUGUGAUGAAGUUAAUAACACCUUCAAUGGCUAUAAGUUUGGUGCAAUUGAGAGAAAUGAGCAUAGAAGAAUGUGAUAUGAUAACAGAGAUAGUAGAAAAUGAGGGAGAUGCAACAAUAAGUACUGAAAUUGUUUUUAACAAUUUGAAGAAGUUGUCACUUGAAAAGUUGGAAAGUCUCACAUGUUUUUGCCCUGGGAAUUACUCUUUCAAUUUCCCAUCUUUGGAAGACUUAAUUAUAAGGGAGUGUCCCAAUAUGAAGACUUUCUCCCAAGGAAUCUUAACCACACCAAAGUUACCCAAAGUCAAAUAUGAUGAUGAGGAGAAGGAUUUAGAGAAUGCGGGGAGUGAGCUCAACACAACCAUACAACAAGCACACAAAAAAAAGGUUGAAUCUGAUUUGAAGGAAUUGAAAUUAACAUUAAGUGGAAGGGACAUCAUGUCCAUUUGGGAAGGAGAGUUUCAAGAGAGCUUUGGUGAAGUGAAAACUCUUGAAUUGAUUAAGGAUGAAUAUGCAAACAUUCCAAUUCAAAUUCUUCACAAAUUUAAUAGUCUUGAAGAACUCAUAUUGAAAGUGAGUUCAUACGAAGAGAUAUUCUCAUCUGGAGAGGAUGAGGAACACGUUGAAGCACUCACAAAAUUAAAAGUUUUAGAAUUGUGGGGACUUUUUAAUUUAAAGUGCAUUUCAAAACAAAACUCUCGAUUGAACUCAAUUCUUCAAAAUCUUGAUCAUCUAAGCCUGAUACAUUGUCACAAUUUGACUACUUUGUCGCCAUCUUUAGUGUCUUUCGAAAAUAUGAGGAUUUUAUAUUUAGAUUAUUGCAAUGGAAUGCAAAACUUAAUGUCAUCCUCAAUAGUCCAAAGUCUAGUGCGACUAGAAGAGCUGGAUAUAGGAUAUUGUGAAAUGAUGAUCGAAAUAUUAGCAAAUGAGGGAGAUAUAGAGAAAGGUGAAAUUGUUUUUGAGAAAUUGGAGAAGUUGACAUUGUAUAAUUUAGAAAGUCUCAUAUGCUUCUGUUCCGAGAAUUACACCUUAAAAUUCCCAUUCUUGAAAGAAUUGAAUGUGUAUGAAUGCUCCAAGAUGAAGACUUUCUUUGGAGGAGCCUUAAGCAUGCCAAAGUUACAAGAUUUGAACAAUAAAGAUUGUUCGGAGAGUGAUAUUGAUACAAUCAUACAACAAUUACAAAAUGAUUGUUCAGAGUUAUGGGAAAGAUUCCCAUAUAAAGAAGAUUAAGAGUUUUAGUUAGACAAGAGAGUGCAACGUUCAUCGGUACACAGCACAGUCAUGUGGUAACAGAGUUGGGUUUUUCUUUCUUGGUGGCUAAUGACGAUAUCCGGCUAAAGUUGAGUCCUCUCGAGUAUUCGGUUGCAUGGCUUCAAUUUACAGUCAAUUUCAAACGAGUCGUAUCGACUACGCGCGUCCUCUCCCUUCCGUUCUCCUUAGCCCUUUCAAAAUCGUCGAUGGUCCUGCCAGUUCAACCGCCGGUAAUUUAGAUGAGAUUGCCAAGUUGUUCCUAAAUCUGUUCGCAACGAUUGGCAAAAUUAGUGCCAAAUGAUGUCGAUUACGCUUCAAGCAGAUUAGAAGUUGAAAAUAGGUGUUGUGUUUGUCUGGGCUCUAGGCGACA